AUGUCUGCAAAUUCUGAAUAUGGGAAAGAUUUUAAAAAUAAUGCUAAGCUUUCUGUGCAAAAAGAACUUCAGAAAGAUGAACGGUCAUGUUCUGAAAGAGAGAAAACUUUUAAUAUGAUAUCAAGUGUUGCUGAAAAUCUGAAAAUUCACACAGGAAAUAAGCUAUAUUCAUGUUCAGAAUGUGAGAAAUGUUUUACUGAUAAAUCAAAUCUUAAUAAACAUCAAAGAAUUCACACAGGAGAGAAGCCAUAUUCAUGUCCUGAAUGUGAGACAUGUUUUACUGAUAAAUCAAGUCUUAAUAAACAUCAAAGAAUUCACACAGGAGAGAAGCCAUAUUCAUGUCCUGAAUGUGAGACAUGUUUUACUGAUAAAUUAAGUCUUAAUAAACAUCAGAGAAUUCACACAGGAGAGAAGCCAUAUUCAUGUCCUGAAUGUGAGAAAUGUUUUACUAAUAAAUCAAGUCUUAAUAGACAUCAAAGAAUUCACACAGGAGAGAAGCCAUAUUCAUGUCCUGAAUGUGAGACAUGUUUUACUGAUAAAUCAAGUCUUAAUAAACAUCAAAGAAUUCACACAGGAGAGAAGCCAUAUUCAUGUCCUGAAUGUGAGACAUGUUUUACUGAAAAAUCAAGUCUUAAUAAACAUCAAAGAAUUCACACAGGAGAGAAGCCAUAUUCAUGUCCUGAAUGUGAGACAUGUUUUACUGAUAAAUCAAGUCUUAAUAAACAUCAGAGAAUUCACACAGGAGAGAAGCCAUAUUCAUGUCCUGAAUGUGAGAAAUGUUUUACUGAUAAAUCAAGUCUUAAUAGACAUCAAAGAAUUCAUACAGGAGAGAAGCAAUAUUCAUGUCCUGAAUGUGAGAAACAUUUUAAUCGGAAAUCAAAUCUUUAUACACAUCUAAGAACUCACACAGGAAAAAAGCUAUAUUCAUGUCCUGAAUGUGAGACAUGUUUUACUGAUAAAUUAAGUCUUAAUAGACAUCAAAAAAUUCACACAGGAGAGAAGCCAUAUUCAUGUCCUGAAUGCAGGAUGUCAUUUGACAGUAAACAUCAUCUUGAGAGUCAUCAGAGAAUCCACAAAGGAGAGAAGCCAUAUUCAUGUCCCGAAUGUGAGACAUGUUUUACUGAUAAAUCAAGUCUUUAUAGACAUCAAAGAAUUCACACAGGAGAGAAGCCAUAUUCAUGUCCUGAAUGCAGGACGUCAUUUACCAGGAAACAUCGUCUUGAGAGUCAUCAGAGAAUUCACACAGGCGAGAAGCCAUAUUCAUGUCCUGAAUGUGAGAAGUGCUUUAAUCGGAAAUCAAAUCUUGAUACACAUCAAAGAAUUCACACAGGAGAGAAGCCAUUUUUAUGUCCUGAAUGCAGGAAGUCAUUUAAACGUAAAGAUACACUUGAGACUCAUCUGAAAAUUCACACAGGAGAGAAUCCAUUUUCAUGCACUGAAUGUGGAAAGUGUUUUACUGAGAAAUCAAAUUUUGUGAGACACUUGAGAAUUCACACAAGAGAGAAGCUGAUUUAA